GGGCGGCGAGGAGGGGGGGGAGUUGAUCUCUUUAAAAAAGAAAUUUGGGGAGGGGGGAGAGGCGAGGAAAGGAAGGAAACGACGAUGUAAAAGAAAGACUUUUGGGUGGCGGUGACGGUUGGGUGUCUUGCCAAAAUGAAGGAUGCGGGACGCGGAUCUAUCCUGGAGCCCAAGGUGCUGGAGAAACUGAACGUGCAGGAGAGAAGAAGGAAGAAAGCAGAUUGUCCUGCGAGACCUGGAUCUUAACAAAUCCAUGUAUAUAUCUAUACAUACGUACCAAGGGAGAGAGAGGAGAGAGAGCGCGAACAUUCUAAGAUGAAAUCGACCAACCUCAGACCACUGGGAGAUUGUGUUGUUCUAGUCUAAAUAAAAAAAUAAACAAUAAACACCCCGGCCCCGCACACAGAAGGGGGGACAUAAAAAGAGGGGGGGGCCACUGAAAAUGGAGAACAGAGGAUCCGGAAAGGAAAAAGUAUUUUCAUUAAAGAAAUGAAAAGCAAGAAAAGGAGGAAUCUUGGAAUGAAAAGUUUGGGGUUUUGGGCCAUUUUUGUUUUUUUCGAAAAGUAAAGCCUUGCUGUGCAGAGGUGGUCUGCUUUUAUUUUUCUUUCGUUUGAUUGUUAUUAUUUUUUUUUCCCUCCACGAGAAGAGAUAAAUAAUACAUCUGCAAAGAAAUUUCGGAGAAGAAAAGUUGACCGUGCCAGAAUGAGGCAUUGAUUGGGGGAGAGAAAUCAGCAGGGCAGGGUUGGAGCUUUGCCUGUGUUGACUAAAAUUGAUGGAAAAUUGCAGUUGGAUUUUUUCCUUUUUUUUUCUCUCUUUUAUUUUUUUUGCGUGUCAAGAUCGUAUUUUUUUUUUUUUUUUCCUUGCUCGUAACCUCCUGGAUUUUGCACCUGGACGUUGCCGUGAUCGGUCUGAAAUACAAUUAUUUGAUCUCCAGAAGGACCACCACCAGAUAAAUUAUGAAUGUUGAACAAGAUGACCUUACAUCCACAGCAGAUGAUGAUAGGUCCUAGGUUUAACAGGGCCCUAUUUGACCCCCUGCUUGUGGUGCUCCUGGCUCUCCAACUCCUAGUGGUGGCUGGUCUGGUGAGGGCCCAAACCUGUCCUUCUGUAUGCUCCUGCAGUAACCAGUUCAGCAAGGUCAUCUGUGUGCGGAAAAAUCUCAGAGAGGUCCCUGACGGCAUCUCUACCAACACGCGGCUCCUGAAUCUCCACGAGAAUCAGAUUCAGAUCAUCAAGGUGAACAGCUUCAAACACCUGAGGCAUUUGGAGAUCCUCCAACUGAGCAGGAAUCACAUCCGUACCAUUGAAAUCGGGGCCUUCAAUGGUUUGGCAAACCUCAACACUUUGGAGCUCUUUGACAAUCGGCUGACCACCAUUCCAAAUGGGGCUUUUGUAUACCUGUCUAAACUGAAGGAACUCUGGCUGCGAAAUAACCCCAUUGAAAGCAUCCCUUCUUAUGCUUUUAACCGAAUCCCGUCUUUGCGCCGGUUGGACUUAGGAGAGUUAAAGAGGCUUUCGUACAUCUCCGAAGGGGCCUUUGAAGGUCUCUCCAACUUGAGGUAUCUGAACCUUGCCAUGUGCAACCUGCGGGAAAUCCCAAACCUCACGCCGCUCAUCAAGUUGGAUGAGCUGGAUCUUUCUGGGAACCAUUUGUCCGCCAUUAGGCCGGGCUCUUUCCAGGGUUUGAUGCACCUGCAGAAAUUGUGGAUGAUCCAGUCGCAGAUCCAGGUGAUUGAAAGGAAUGCAUUUGAUAACCUUCAGUCACUGGUAGAGAUCAAUCUGGCACACAAUAAUCUGACCUUACUGCCUCACGACCUCUUCACGCCCCUCCAUCACCUCGAGAGGAUCCACCUGCAUCACAACCCUUGGAACUGCAACUGUGACAUUCUGUGGCUCAGCUGGUGGAUAAAGGACAUGGCACCCUCAAAUACUGCAUGCUGUGCCCGUUGCAAUACACCCUCCAACCUGAAAGGGAGGUAUAUUGGGGAAUUGGAUCAGAAUUAUUUUACCUGUUACGCUCCUGUGAUCGUUGAGCCUCCCGCGGACCUCAACGUCACAGAGGGCAUGGCGGCAGAACUCAAGUGUCGGGCUUCCACCUCCCUGACCUCUGUCUCUUGGAUUACUCCCAACGGGACGGUCAUGACACACGGAGCCUACAAGGUCCGGAUUGCUGUGCUCAGCGACGGCACAUUAAAUUUUACUAAUGUAACUCUACAAGAUACAGGCAUGUAUACAUGCAUGGUGAGUAACUCUGUUGGGAAUACCACAGCUUCAGCCACCCUGAAUGUGACCGCAGCCACCACUACCCCAUUCUCGUAUUUUUCCACCGUUACUGUAGAGACUAUGGAACCUUCUCAGGACGAGGCUCGGACCACAGAGAACAAUGUGGGGCCCACCCCGGUCAUUGACUGGGAGACCACCAACGUGACCACCUCUCUCACGCCCCAGAGCACAAGGUCCACCGAAAAAACAUUCACCAUCCCUGUGACCGAUAUAAACAAUGGCAUCCCAGGAAUUGAUGAGGUGAUGAAAACCACGAAGAUUAUCAUUGGUUGCUUCGUGGCCAUCACUCUCAUGGCAGCCGUGAUGCUGGUCAUCUUCUACAAGAUGCGGAAACAGCAUCAUCGGCAAAAUCACCACGCCCCAACGCGGACUGUUGAGAUCAUUAAUGUGGAUGAUGAGAUUACAGGGGACACACCCAUAGAGAGCCACUUGCCCAUGCCUGCUAUAGAACAUGAGCACCUAAAUCACUAUAACUCUUACAAAUCUCCCUUCAACCACACAACAACAGUUAACACAAUAAACUCAAUACACAGUUCAGUGCAUGAACCGUUGUUGAUUCGAAUGAACUCAAAAGACAAUGUACAAGAGACUCAAAUCUAAAACAUUUACAAAAGUUACAGAGAAAAUAAAAAAAACAACAGACGGUUUAUUAAAAAAAAAGUGACACAAAUGACUGGGCUAAAUCUACUGUUUCAAAAAAAAAGUGUCUUUACAAAAAAAACAAAAAA